AUGCUGAAUCGUCCUUUCACCACUGCUGUGUGCAGCAUUACUCGCACCAUCUACCACCGACACCACUGCAAAGCUCCUCUGCUUCUCGCCCUUGCUGCACCCUCCCACUCCCCUUUUUCCCUCCCUCUUCUCCCUUGCCUCAAUCUCCCGCAUCUCAGCUCAUCGCCGCCACACCUGCUGCACGCACCACAUGUCAAACUGCACUUCGCAGCCCCCUCUUCCAUCUCCAUUCCCCCUACCCUAGCCCCUCCUUCAAUUCCCUCUUGUCCCUCGCCCCCUUCCAACUUCCCUGCGUGCCCGCCGCAACAUCUCCCCUUCCCUGCCCCCUCUGCCACUGCACAAUUUUCCUGCUGCCCGGCCAACUGGGUGCCAGGCAACAGCUGGCAGCACCAUUCCUUUCCUCACCAUUCUUUUCUGCACCUUUCCAUUCCCUUGCACUCCUUUGCAAUUGCAUUUCCCCUACCUCCCAUCCUCCUGCUCCACUUCCCUUACCUCAUCACUAUCCUCAUCCUCCUCUCUCUCAUCAUCCUCCCUCUUAUUCUCCUUCGCAUUCUCCUCCCUCUCAUCCUCCUCUAUCUCCACUACUUUCCCCUCCAACUCCUUCCCACCCUCUUCCAACCAACCAUCCCCACCCCCCCCCCCCCCUCACACGUCCGCUCUCAUCCACUUCGCCCAUCUUGCCUCCCCCACUUCCCCUUCCCCUUCGUCCUCCCCCGCCCCGCUUCCCCAGCCAAGCAUCUAGCCCCGCCUGUCUCCCAUCCACACCUUUCCGCGCCCCUUUCCACCCCCUCCGCUGCUCUCCCCCCUCACCCUUCCCCUCCCCACCCUCUCAGUCGCCGCAUGGCGGCUGCCUUGCUCUCACUCCACUGCAGUGUGCCCGCACCCCCACCUGCUGCUCUUUCUGCUGCUCUUUUUCCCCUUGCCGCCCAUAUCACUGCCUCCUCUUGUGCUGCUUCCCCCACUGCUGCCCCUAAAGCUGCUUUUCCUCCUUCCUCUCGGCGCUCAAACUGA